AUGUUUCAUCAUACACUAAAACAACACGAAAAACAAAGCAACAGAAUGCUUUUGCUCAUUCCAUUCAUCCUUGCUAAGGAGUUUGUUGUGAUAUUGGAUGCAGGCUUUACGAGCACAAAACUAAACAUUUACACGUUCAGUGAUAUGAUCAUCGUAUCCUCCUAUACAAAAUUCUAUCAUCCUGGUAUGCACGAGUUAGAACUGCACGAAAUCAAAGAGAUGAUUGAGCGCAUGCUGGACGAUGCGCACAAGUUUGUUGUAGAGAAUGGGGGUGUUGUGUGCUCAACUCGGAUCGCACUUGUGGCCACGGAGGGACUUAGAAGCCUGGAAAAGAGGAAUGUUGAUGAGAUUUUGGGAUGUAUUAGGACACUUAUCGAUAGGAGUGGGUUCGUUGGCGGAAGAAAUCCUGUGAGUGUGAUGGAUGGUGUGUUUGAGGGGUUGUAUGCGUAUGAGGCGUUGGUUUACUUGCUGUUUUUGAGAGAUAACAAGAAUGUACUGCAGAGACAGAUGGCAAACAGGUACGAUAUAGGUAGCUAUGAUGUGGGGAGUGGAAUAAAUGAUGGGAUGAAAGGUAAGGAAGAUAACGCGGAUGGCAAGAUAUUGAUGAACAGUAGCGUAAUGAGCACGAGUAAUGAAACAGAAAAUUCAAACAAAUGGCAAAAAAACAGAACAACAGCUGAAAUGAAGCCGAAUAGGAAGAAUGGAACACGAGAAGUAAACAAUAUCAAAAUGAGUGACAGGAUAACACGGGGCCAGCAUUCUUUCAAAGGAGCAAAUGAGAGAAAAGUACCAACAAACGAGGCUGGAGGAUUAAAAAGCACAGAUGAAAGCGAAUUUGAUACGAUCACAUACCUGAAGACACAAAGCAACAAAAAAAACUUGGCAAAAGCCAAAAAUAAUGGGCAAGCCGAGCAGCAUACUGUUCUCCAUAAGCACAUUGCAGCUAAUAAACUAUCACUCGGUAUCAUAGAAAUGGGAGGAGGGAGCAUGCAAAUAGCUUUCAGCACCAACAUCAACAACAAAUACCAACUGUUCAUACACUCCUUCCACGAUCUAGGACUCAUCAAAGGACGAAACAAGCUGCAUUCGCUAAAUGUUCUGGAUCAUUGCAAAGACUUGAACAAAAAAUGCGUUCGUUACUUCCGAACACACUUCAAUCUCCAUGAGUUCUCGCGUAUUGCGCCGCUUGAUUCUGUCCAUAAAUUUUAUUUGCUCUCCUUUUUUUACGACAGACUGUCUGAAUACCGGCCAAUACACAAAUUUUCAGACAUUAUCAGUAUUUAUAGGACACAUUGCGCAGAACCAAGCAAGAAUUGCGACGAUCUGGAGUACAUGAUACUGGUGCUUAAGGGGAUAGGGCUGAAGAACAGCGCUGUAGUUGAGAUUGGACGAAUGAUAGACGAUAAGAAUCUGAGUUGGGGACUUGCAAAGGCGCUUGAAAUGCUGAUAGGAUAACCAAAAUUGUUUGAGAGUCGUAGUUCGAG